AUGCAUGUCGCCUCCCUCCGCCUGUCGCAUUCACGAACUAUGAGUCUCCCGGCUGAACGCAACCACAACACAGUUUACGGGAUAGAUACCAUGACUCUACGCUUGGGUAUGGCUCGACCCUCAAAUCCGGCCAAUGGCAAUCCAAAACCUUUCCCAGCCCUCAGCGUUGAGAGCUCAACUGUUUAUCUGAUCUGGGAUGAAGCCGAUUUCCCGUAUUCAUCCGACCGAUGCGCGCACACAGGACGAUAUCACGACCUUGAAGCUCCGCAAUUCCAAUUGGCACUCGAGGCCUGA